CGUAGGUGUACCAACUUCCGCCGAGCUCUUUGAUUAUAAAGGAACUCAAACGGCUUCACUCUCCACUAAAAACUUGCCUUCCUCAUCAGAUCUGAAUCCAAACUUGUCUUCUCAGAUUCAUCAUAAUGGCUCCCUCUAACUACGAUGGAAUCCUCCUCGGAAUGGGAAACCCUCUCCUCGAUAUCUCUGCCGUCGUCGACGAGGAAUUUCUCACCAAAUAUGACGUCAAGUUGAACAAUGCGAUUCUCGCCGAGGAAAAACAUUUGCCUAUGUAUGAUGAGAUGAGUAGCAAGUUCAAUGUUGAAUACAUUGCCGGAGGUGCCACUCAGAACUCAAUCAAAGUGGCUCAGUGGAUGCUUCAAAUUCCUGGGGCUACCAGCUACAUGGGUUCCAUUGGAAAGGACAAAUACGGUGAGGCUAUGAAGAAGGAUGCUACUGGUGCUGGUGUCAAUGUUCACUACUAUGAAGAUGAGACAGCACCUACUGGAACUUGCGGUGUCUGUGUUGUUGGUGGAGAGAGGUCGCUUAUUGCGAAUCUUUCUGCUGCUAACUGCUACAAGGUUGAGCACCUUAAGAAGCCUGAAAACUGGGCUUUGGUUGAGAAGGCCAAGUUCUACUACAUUGCUGGAUUCUUCCUCACAGUGUCCCCCGAAUCCAUUCAGUUGGUAUCUGAGCACGCUGCUGCUAACAACAAGGUGUUCACAAUGAACCUCUCUGCUCCAUUCAUCUGUGAAUUCUUCAAAGAUGCGCAGGAGAAAUUCUUGCCAUACAUGGACUUUGUUUUUGGCAAUGAGACAGAGGCAAGAACCUUCUCCAAGGUUCAUGGCUGGGAGACAGAAGAUGUGGAACAAAUAGCCAUCAAGAUUUCACAGCUCCCCAAGGCCACAGGAACAUACAAGAGGACCACUGUGAUUACACAGGGAGCAGACCCAGUGGUUGUUGCCGAAGAUGGAAAGGUGACCAAAUACCCUGUGAUCCCUCUCCCAAAGGAGAAGCUUGUUGACACCAACGGUGCAGGUGAUGCAUUUGUGGGAGGAUUCAUGUCACAAUUGGUGAAAGAGAAAUCAAUUGAGGAGUGCGUGAAGGCUGGAUGCUACGCGUCAAACGUGGUGAUCCAAAGAUCUGGCUGCACUUACCCUGAGAAGCCCGACUUCAACUAAAUCAAUACAGUGCAAUUCUCUGCUUUGUGAUAUCUUCCAAAUAAAAAUUAAGCAUCUUUGAUUCAACAUACUCUCAACGAUUAUUUCCCGAGUGUUUUUUGGAUUUAUUUUUGUUUUAUCACCUUUUAUUAUCAUAAUCAUUGUUACUUAAAUAUCAUUAUUACUACAUAGCGAUUGAGGAAAAAAAAACAUACAGUCUUGCUUCUUAAUAUAAAGUAAGAUAUGUUGAUGCAAUGCAAUCAAUAAGGCUUUAUAGCAGCUACUUACUAAAAAUGGCUCAUAUUACAAAACGUCUGCAUAAGCUCUCUACAUAGAUCUCAAGAGGAACUCGUUACAUUAGCCACAAACCUAAACCAUUAGAAACCUCUUAUCGAAUUAGAGACUCAUAAAGAUCAAGAGUCAAGACUAACGGGGAGAAGCGCAACGGAGGACCUCGAGGAAGAGAGUUUCUUCGCAAGGAAUACAGAGCUUAGAAUCUCCGGAAGUGAAAUCAUCGUAAACUUCCUCUUUUGCUUGAUCAAGCAAAGCCCUGAUGGUGGGAUCGUGAAGCAACGUGAUCUUGAUCACGAACCUCUUGUAACUCUCCUCUUCUUUGCCUACGUACACCACCAAGUGUCCCUUUGGUACGUCAUGUGGUAUAUGAGGUUUCUCCCGAUGUUUGGUUACUCUGCUAGACAUUUGCUUCCAUGCUGUUGUGAUCAGCUUGCUCUUCUUUAUCAUGAUUAUGAUUAUGAGAGA